GAUGAGGAAGAGUGGGGUGUCGCCUCCCCGUCCACACACACACAAACGCACGCACAAGCGGAAAAGGAGCGAACAAUCUUCUCCAUCUCUAUCCUAAUUCUAGCAGCUUCCAGAACCCAUCCUCCUCUUCCACAUCCAUUAGUUAGUGGAAUCAAGCGUUGAACACGUCCGGUACCUUAAGACCCAUCAGAACCUCGGACAGCAUCCAUGGCUCCAAUGAUGCUGGAGGACGGAGCCCAGCCCGUGGCGGUCCCAGCUGGUGUUGCCAUGGUGAGCGUCUUCGGCCUCGUCUUCACCGCGUCAGCCUUUGCGUGGAUCUGCUGCCAGCGCAAAAACACCAAAAGCCAAAAAACGCCCCCGUACAAGUUUGUGCACAUGCUCAAAGGCGUUGACAUCUACCCAGAGAGCCUCAGCGGCAAGAAGAAUUUUGCCGCCUCGACCGCCAUGUCAGCUAAUGAAGUCAGUAAAACGGACGUGAACGGGAAUAUGCCACCCAGCCCCAAGCUGAGCCCAGGCGGGUCCAGGGUGGCCCUGCAUCUCGACUUGGAGAAACGGGACCUGAACGGCAACUUCACCACCAAACCUUUCCACCACCACAAGGUGCGCAGCUCCCCCGACUUGGAGCUAUCUUCCCCACACGCCGGUUUCGCCCAGCCUGGUGGGAUGUACUGCCGGGACCCCCCGUCGCCAUCCAGCACCCUUUCCAGCCAAGCACCCACUCCCGCUGUGGAUAAAACUCAAGUGGAAGAGAGGGAGCGGAGGCUUGGGACACUCCACUUUGCUUUGGAGUACCAACCUGAGAAGAAGGCCUUCAUUGUCCAUAUUAAGGAAGCCCAUGGCCUGAGUCCGACUGAUGAGCAGUCGCUGACCUCUGACCCCUAUAUCAAGCUGACGCUACUGCCAGAGAAGAAGCACCAAGUGAAGACCAGAGUCCUCAGGAAGACUUUAGACCCGAUGUUUGACGAGACCUUCAGGUUCUACGGGAUCCCACUGGCCAGGGUGUCGGAGCUGGCUCUCCAGUUCAUGGUGCUCAGCUUUGACAGGUUCUCCAGGGACGAGAUCAUCGGCGAGACACUGGUGCCACUGUCGGGAAUCGACCUGUCUGAAGGACCUGUGCUGAUGAGCCGGGAGAUCAUCAAGAGGAAUAUCAAGAAGUCCUCCGGCCGAGGCGAGCUGCUUCUCUCCUUGUGUUACCAGUCCACCACCAACACUCUGACCGCGGUCGUCCUCAAGGCCCGUCACCUGCCCAAGACUGACAACAACGGCCCCACAGAUCUGUAUGUGAAAUUGAAUCUGUACCACGGGAAGAAGCGGGUGUGCAAGAAGAAGGCCGACGUGAAGAAGUGCACGCCCAACCCCGUCUUCAACCAGCUCUUCACCUUUGACCUGCCCUCUGAUGAGGGCCUGAGAGACACCAGUGUGGAGCUGCUGCUGAUGCAGUCGGAUUCAGGCAAGUCCCGCUGCCCAAAGCCGGUUCUCGGGCGCCUGGUAAUGGGAACAUCGGCGGCGGGCACCGCUGGCGAGCACUGGCGGGAGAUUUGUGAUCACCCGCGCCGCCAGAUCGCCAAGUGGCAAGCGAUGUCUGAGGAUUAACAAGCUGGAUGUCUCGUUGUGCGGCUGAAUGAAGGUGGGCGGGACUUAGCGUCCUGCUUAACUUGUACCCAUUGGACGUGAGGGCGGUGAGGGUGGGGGGGAGGGGACUAAAGUGAUGUCAUCAAUCAAUCAAUCACUCAUCUUUGAAGUUAUUGGUAUAGCGAAUGGAGUGGGACUUAGCCAUCAGGACCCCAUAAAGUUAAUGGAGCCCAAAGACUGCGUCCAACAUCCCGGUGUUUGGAGUACCAACACACGGCAGGUUGUCAUGGUAACCGUGUGCUUAGACGUCUCUUCAUUUUCUUCCUCCUUAUCAAAAGCUGUAAAAAAAAUGUGCAUUAUUUCCAUUUAUUUCACAACAACAAAUAUAGAGAUUUAAUUUAUUAUUAUCUUUUUUUUUUACUCCUCUGGGUGGACUUGAAUAUGUUUUGUAAUUAUAAUUGGUAUUCUUAUAUCGUUAAAUAUAAAGCCUAAAUUAGGUGGUUUUGAGUGAGGACUGCAGCAGACCAUGUGUUUUUGUUUUUGAUGCAGUAAAAUUGAGACUGUGCAAAUGGACGCUUGCGCGCGUGUGUGUGUGUGCAUUACAAUGUUUACUGUCGGUGUUGUGUCCCCUCUACUGUGAGCACAAAGAAAUGUAAAUGUAAGUACCCUCAAAUUAAAUAGAGAAAAGAACAAGCUGUCUUUAUUUCUCUUGAGUGUGAUACUAAUAAUGUAUACUUACAAUUGAUUUUUGAAAUGAAGGAAAACCAAACAAAUAUGAAUAAUAAAUAAAAGGCCUGAUGACGUAACCACUGAA